GCCGGAUAUGACGAAACGUAUGACGAUUGCGGAAGUUGUGCGGAGCAGGUUAUGUCGCUGAUGGUAAUGAUGGAGAAUAAAUGUAAAUAUCACAAAAAUAAAACAGUCAAACGAUAAGGAAAUUAAAAACAUUAAUUGAAGGCUAAUCUAAUGCGGACAGUUUGUGUUUUAUUGACAUGACAUCAUCCAUCCAGAUGGGUAUGAGCCCUCUUUACCCUUUGCUGCUCCUCAUCAUGCCUUCCCUGCACGGCCAUUCCUCAUCCAUCCCGUCUCCUCCCUCCUCCACCUCCUGUGGCCCAGGCCGGUCGUGGGCGGUGCGGCUCAACGCGGGCUCUGUGAACAGGGCCGAGUCGUUUGACAGACUGGCCCAGAGUGUGGCACGGGAUGUGGGCCUGGAGAAUCACGGGCAGAUCGGGCAACUGGAGGGGCAUUAUAUGCUCUGUCAGGAGGUGGAAGACACUGUGAAUAUGGACACACGUUCAACAGAGGCAGCUCUCGAUGAAAAUCCUCACGUGGUUUGGCACUCCCAGGAACAAAUCCUCAGACGCUCCAAGAGAAGUGUGAUCUUCAAUGACCCCAAAUAUCCCAGCCAGUGGCACUUGCACAAUAAUAUGAAACAAGGGAUGGACAUCAAUGUGACAGGGGUCUGGGAGCAUAAUAUCACGGGGGUCGGGGUCACAGUGGUCGUAGUGGAUGAUGGAGUCCAGCACACCUUAGAAGAUAUUCAGCCCAAUUAUAGUGCUGAGGGUAGUUAUGAUUUAAACUCUAAUGAUCCGGACCCCAUGCCUCAUCCUGAUGGUCACAGUGAUAAUCACCAUGGCACGCGCUGCGCUGGCGAGAUCGCUGCAGUCUCCAAUAACGGCUUCUGCGCCGUUGGAGUGGCAUAUGGCAGCAAAGUGGCAGGCAUCAGAGUUUUGGAUGGGCCCCUCACAGACAGCAUGGAGGCUGUGGCUUUUAAUAAACAUUACCAAAUUAAUGAUGUUUACAGCUGCAGUUGGGGGCCAGAUGAUGACGGGCGUACAGUUGAUGGACCACAUCCAUUAGGCAAGGCGGCGCUGCAGCAUGGCGUUAUUGCCGGCAGGAAAGGGUUUGGCAGCAUCUUUGUUGUUGCCAGUGGCAACGGAGGACAGUAUGAGGAUAACUGCAACUAUGAUGGCUAUGCUAACUCUAUCUACAGCGUUACCAUAGGGGCUGUUGAUGAGAAUGGCAGAAAACCGUUCUACGCUGAAGAGUGUGCGUCGAUGCUGGCUGUCACGUUCAGCAGUGGAAGCAGACAACUGCGCAGUAUUGUGACAUCAGACUGGUCAUUGCAGAGUGGCACAGGUUGCACAGAUGGGCACACUGGCACAUCUGCAGCGGCACCGUUGGCUGCAGGUAUGGUGGCGCUGAUGCUGCAGGUGCGGCCGUGUCUGAGCUGGCGAGACGUUCAGCAUAUCAUCACCUACACAGCAACACAGCAUGACACACAGGCUGAUUGGGAGACGAACGGAGCAGGUUUUCAUCACAGUCAUAAGUACGGCUUUGGACUGCUCAACGCCUGGAGACUGGUGAAUGCUGCUAAGGUUUGGGAGUUUGUGCCCUUUUUGGUGUCCUACCAGAGCCCCAACUUAAAUGCCAAUGAAAUAAUUCCAGCCUAUCCCAAAUCUCUCACGCUGACAUGGAAUGUCACUGCGUUUGACCUGAGACAGUCAGGCAUGCAAACCCUGGAGCACGUGUCUGUAACUGUGACUAUAACACAUCCUCGCCGCGGCAACGUCGAGAUUGUGCUCGUGUGUCCCAGUGGAAUGAGCUCGCUGAUCGGGGCUAGAAGAGCCCUGGAUGUUGAUACUACUGGAUACACCGACUGGACGUUUUCAACCGUGCGAUGUUGGGGAGAAGGAGCCGAGGGACAAUACAGUCUACAGAUCACUGACUAUAGAGAGGCGACUCUGGCAUUAGGUGUGCUGAAGAACUGGAAACUCACUCUGUAUGGCUCAUCUAUGUCUUUGCAGCAAGUGAAAGAGAGACGGAGAGUUGUGGAAGACGCCAUGAGUGGACAGUAUCUGAACAGCAGUUUUGCUCUUCCUUGCCCUCCUGGCAUUGAUGUUCCUCCUGAGAUUGUGAGCCCAUUUACCUCCAACAGCCUAAAGUCUCUGCUGCUGCUGGGCUGUUUUGCUCUCUUCUGGUCGCUGUAUUACACUCUGGAGGUGACGCUCACUCAUGUGGACUGGCAUGGAUGCAGAGGACUACAGACUGGAUCUACAGAUCCAGAGGACAGUGAGGUGGUGGAGAUCCAGCCUGACAUGGAGUCUAAAGUUCCCCUCAUAGCAGCCGAGGAGAACACGUAGCACUCAGGAAAACUGGACCUGUCACUUCUGUUUGAAACUUUUGGGUUGCACUUUUGCUUUCGAGUCUGCGAGCACAUGCUCUCUAUCGGGUUACCUU